CUCUCUCUCCUUCUGUCUCACUCACUCUCUCUCUCUCCAGCAAGUUAUAACCAGGACUCUCAGAUACUUUGACGCAGACUGAAAAUUUAAAAACCUUCAAGAACAACUUACAUUGGAAAUACAAUGAACUAUAUAAGCUGCCACUUUUCUUCUGCUGGGAAGGUUUUAGUUUAUUUUUAGGCCCCGUGUGAUCCAGCUUAAUACGACCGCUGUGCGCUUUUCGCUGCCGGAUUUGAGUGUUGCCUCGGUCUUAGUUUCUCACAUUCAGCUUGGGCCAAAAACAAGUGGAGUUACAUUUGUUUCUAUGGUAACACUGCAUUUCCCCGAGCCUUUGAAGGACUGAAGGUUAUCGCUGAACAUCCAGCUGGUCCAAGCUUUCUUCGACAAUGAGCAGCCAGUCCAACGGCGGGGCGGUGAUCCCCACAGCUCGGAGCAGUGCGAGGUCAUUUAUGGACGAUGUCAUUUUAACCUUCAGCUCGCCGAUGGCUUGGCUGCUGGUUGUGGCCCUGAUCCUCACGUGGUCGGGCGUAGCCAUUGUUCUGUUCGACCUGCUCGAUUAUAAGACUCUCACAGAGUACACAUCAUACUGUGACGACCCCGUGUGUUUAUCUCCUGAUACUGAUGAGCGGCAAAAUAUUUGGGCGGCAAAGUCCCUCCGCAGUCUCCCUCCUCCUUCUGCCAUCGCUAAGAGAGGUUUGAAGGGUAGAGGCGGUGUUCGUCCAAUGAAGUCCAGCUACGCUCCAAUCACAGCUCAGGAAAACACUGAUUGGUGGGAGGUGAUGUGGACGUUUGCCGCCAAUUUGGUCGCUCCCGAGGAGGAGGAGGAAGGUAUUCACCACCUAACUGAAACCCUCACAUCCUUUCACUCCGAGGAGCUUUAAAAGAGAAAACGGGCGGCGAGAGGACAAAACACUGACAAGUAUGAAGAUAAAGAGUCGCAGAGAAGACGCCAAGACAAAAAGAUACAAGUGUGCCAGGCAAGAGUGGACAAGAUAAAGUGGAGGGAUUCAAAGAGGGAGAAGGUGUAAAAAAAAAAAAUAUAUAUCACAGCAGUAUUUCUUUCUGUUGUUAACUAGAACCUGGUGAAUAAAAACUGCCACUUUUA